AAAAGCGAGUAAUCGUUCCCAAUUAAAAACAAUCCAAUCGAAUUUAAAAUCGACGUUUCAUUUGUUCAUUUUUUUUCAUUUUUAAAUACUUCUUUUCUUCGUAGGUAUUAGCGUUCAUUUUAUAUUUUAUACUCUUAAUGGAAUUCGUCGACGUUUUCGAAAUACAUAAAUACGUUAGACCGUACAAAUUUUACAAUCCAAAAUCACGACACCGAUCACGUUGGAUCUCUCCUUCGCCAAAAUAUUCAGGAAUUAAAAAGUCUACGAAAAAUCAUUACACUUCUUCUUCUCGUCCUGGAUACUCGAGAUAUGCUCCUCUUUACGAAGAAUCUUCGGUCUCGGAUAAUCAACCGUAUACUAUAAUUAUCCAAUUACCGAAACGUCAAGAAAAACGUAAAAAUCGUUAUUACGAGAGAUACUAUGAUAGGGACGAUGAUGUUCACGAUCGCGAAUACAUUGGGGAUUAUAGUGAUCACUAUGAGGAUUUCGAUUCUAGAGCGUUUCAUAUCGGUGAGAAGAAAGUACGAAUUAAAGUUACAGAAGGUGCAGACUCGAAGGUACAAAUAAAAAUAUCAAGAAUAGACGACGACAAAGGAAUCGAAAUAAUCGAUAAAAAUAAUACAAGCGUAUUAACGACGCCGAUAUAUUCGAACAGCGGAUUAUUAUCAACUCGAAAUGCCGAGGGAAACUGGUUGCCUUCCGAGCCACCAUUAUUCUUUCAAAGACAAAUACAAAGGGUUUGA